UAUUAGGCAUUAACCUCGUCUUCCACAAUUUACAUCACUUUCGUACUGAAAACAAAUUAAAUCUCCAAAUAAUCUCUCUCUUUCAUUUUCUUGAUUCUUGGUUUUCUUCUUCUUGUUGUCUAUUUUCCUAUCAAAUUUAUUUGUCUCUUUUUUUUUAUAAUCAUCAUAAAUGGAAACAAAGGAAAAUGCUGCUGCUGCUACAGUUCAACAUGUAACAAAAGCAUCAUCAGAUCAGCUUCUAAGGAAGUUUGCAGAGAUGGGUUCUGAAUCAGAAGAUAAAGCUUUAGCUAAGAAGGAACUCGGGUUAGCUAAACGCAGGAAAAGAAUACAACCCACUGCCGAUGGGAGCAGCACUACUACUGUUUUGGGUGAGAGGAAGUCCCUUCUACCUCCUGUUGGUUCUCAACGAUCCGUGGCAUUGAUUCGGCGUUUAGGAAUUGGAAAAACUAAGAGUAGAGCUAGGGAUUUCAGGAACAGAUCCUUUUUGGGUACUAUUGAGAAGACAUGGCGCAGAACUGUUGAAGGAGCUUCCAAGGUCUUCAUUGAGAAACAUUACAACCGGCACAGGCGUCUGAUAAGUGAUACGUAUUAGGUAAAGUUGUUAUGCACUUCAAAUGGAAGUUCAUUCCAUUCUGACUUGUUAGAAGGCAAAGAUUUUGCUUUGGCUUCUAAGUAACAUCGACUCACUAUAUUCUUCUGUCCAUGGUAAGAAAUAGUAACUACAUUAUUUAUGUCAGUAACAUAUCUCUCUAACGGUUUUCUGUAUUUCUUAUUUUGUCAAGCUGUUGCUUUUGAUAUGUAAUGUUGCGUUGUUAUUUCAUUCUCUUACUUCCAUGUUUCUGUAAUUUGAUAAGAGAAAAACAAAGAAUGAGAAGUUAUGACAUUGAAUAUUGUCAAUUUUGGUGAAAUUUCAUCCUCGAGUAGAAUGUAUCUGACUUUCACUGAAGGGUUCAUUCUUGAGUAUAUAACAAUUCUGAACUGUUCGGGCCUUUAAUUCCCUCGCCCCGAGCUGUAUAUGUUUGCAGAUGCUCAAAAGGAAAAAGAAAACACUGAAUGUGAUUGUGAGUUAUGGUAAUAAUAUAUCUGCGGGUGAGAUCUGUGUGGAGAAAUAAGUACAGAGAAGCUAACAACAACAGCAAUGAACUAGUCGAGAGAAAAUGAUGAUCCCCAAAUUUAGGGGAUAACAUUUGGAUUCACCUAAAGCAGCUAGAGGGCUUAUAUAACAAUCUGUGUUAGUGGAUCUAGCUAGUACAGAUAGUCCAGAAGCUACAUCUGAGGAAUGAAGAGUAUUAUCGCUUGAUUUCACCACACAUAUAAUGCGCACUGGACCUACAUAAUCCUGUAAACUGUAAUGUCAAGGUGGUUGAAGCGGAAUCUUCACAAUCAUUCAAAGGAAGAAUCACAAUGCUGCCUAUCAGUUUUCAUGAUGCUUAAUUGAAUCCUUGUCUGUUGACUAGCUCAACCAUGUGAAUAGGUGUCAAGUUGACAGGAAGGAGUCUUCUAGCAGUGAAAACAUACUUUGAAAGCUUACCGAGGACCAAAGUGGCGAAAGACUUAACCUAAUCAUGUUAUUCUGAGUACUCGAACAUGGGAAGGAUUGAAGCUACAAAAUAUUUUGCUGUACAUCUUAUGGGCGACUUUCGUAUUGAUUAUCUUUUUGCUUUAUAUCAGUGAUUCAAUAUUCAAGGGAGACUUCUCAUAAUUCCAAGCGAUUGUAGCAGUAAGAAGAAAAAGAAGCUCAUCCCGUCUCCUAUAUCAGUUCAGACCAUGCAACUCGCCAUUUUAGUUCUAUUAGGAUUUUCCUCUUGGUAACUGAUUCAUUCAUUCAAUAUAAUUGGAGCAUUGCUGAUU